AAUCUCUUCGCAGUAAUCUCAACCACUCACUGGCUGACUAUAACUGGCCGACGACGACACUUACAGGGAUGGCUGGAAAUGUUUCGCGUUGUCAUUAUGAAGUCGAAUGUCGUGUUUUCAGUACGAAUCGGGCUUCAAUCAUCCUGUCUCCGUGGUAACGGGUGUUUAUCUCAACUACGUCCAAAUCCAUAGCGCAUGAUUAUUCCAGCCUGUUUAGACACAGGAUCAACUGGAAGUUAACGAAAAGUCCACGUCCCACCGGUUUGAGUGUGGUCCCAUAUGAUCAGGCGAUGAGGCGAUGUGUUGGGAGCGCGAUCGAGAUCUCAGAGAAGGUGUUGAUGGGUUAUUCCAUGCCGGGCUGCCAUCAUCAGGUUGAUCUUCUCCACUUUCCAUAUCACUAACUUUUUCCCAUCAUCCGAUGGGUGCAAAUACAUAAAAAUUACGGGGUAGCCUCUGACUUCCCGCCCUCAUUCUACCGUACCCCCCGCAAGUCUCAGGGGAUAUAUCAUGUCAGUGUCCAUCCAGCCAUUCAUUCGUCAAGUCACCCGAGCUCAAGAUCCCGUAGAUUUCAGCAAAGUCUGGACUUUCAACGCGCUUCAAAUACUUGCUUUUGUUUUGAAUAUCUUGGUCGUCAGCACUGCUGUUCUUUCCGGUCGUGUCAGACGAGCUCCGAUAUGGUUCAUAUUUAUGGGUAGCUGGAUCUUAUGGACCAUUGCGUACGGCCUCCUUUUUCUAUCAGGACGUCAAUUCGACGACAAACCACCACCAUACGCACUGUGCCUUCUUCAAGCAGGUUUAGUUUAUGCAUUUCCACCAUAUAUGGAAUUUUUGAACCUGGCCCUUCUUGUCCAUGUCUAUCUUGUCAUUCGGGCCACCAUCGAACACCGUCGGCCACAAACUCAAACCCCCCUGAUUUUCAUUUUCUUGCCGCUUGGCAUUUUCCUUACGAUACUCAUCGAAGUCCUAGUGAUCGGCAUCAAAAACCCUGAACUGAUCGCUAGAACGCCAGCGCCGAUGUACUGCAAUGUGACGGAUCGUAUAUCCUUCAAAAUCAGUGCCGUAUUUUACGCAUUAGGUGUAAUCUCCUUGACGGGGUUGGAAGUUGCCUUAGGCAUCAUGUUGUACAGAAACUGGGAAAGUUUCCAAAUAAUCCGUCACAGUCCAGGCAACGGCACGAUGGUAUUCAGAAUCUUUGUUUUCAGCGUCGGACCUACGCUUGCGCUGAUAAUAGAGAUCCUUUCUGAGAUAAGCCCCAAGAACUUCGAUUUUCUGGGCAUGGUUGUGGUUCACUUCAUGCCGUCGAUUGCAGCACUCAUCUUCGGAACUCACAGGGACAUAAUUCGAGCUUGGUAUUGCUUUGGGAAUCGCCGGAAAGUAGAUAGCGAUCGACACCCAUCGUACCCGAUGCCACGCCCGGAAAAUAUCCCCCUCUCUAACCCAUCAGUUCGAAAAGAAGCUCCGAGCAAUAGUAAAAAGACUCUUGCCGGGAAUAUGUGUCCCGAAUAUGCUUGA